AUGGGCGAUUUCGAGGAGGCCGCGGACUUUCCUGACUGGAAAUUAAUUGGUAUGGUCUUUAAACUUUGGUUUUUAUUCUAAUUUUGUUACUUUUGGCUUAAAAAAAUAAUAAAUCUAAAACAAUAUAGGUAGGUAUACCUAUAAGCGUCGAGUCCUUUAUGAAAUAAUGACUUUCCAAGGUUUUAAAAUGUUUUUAAUGGAUAAAGAUCAACAUUUAUAAUAAAAUUAUUUUUUAUUUGGAAGCUUCCAAAUACAGCAGGCUGCGUCCUUUAAUUGUUCAGUGCGCGCAGGCUGCAGAUAAAAAUAUUUUUGACAAAAUCCAACCAUUUGAUUAUUAAUUUUUGAGGCUUUUUAAAUUACUUUAUAUAUCUUUUUAUAAUGCCAAUCAAGUGAUUUUAGAUGAAAUCAGUAUACCAUUACUUGAAAAAGGCAUAGGAACAUACGAUAUACUCCAGAGUGCGUUGGCUUCUGUCGUAUUUUGUAAGGCAGAUCCUAAGGUAAUUUUACUUUCGUUAAAUCUCAUUAGUUACAGUUUAAUUUUUCAUUCGUUAUGGAAGGGUUUACCUUACCUCUUCUAACAAAAGAAAGUAUUAUAUUGGUAAAAUACGACCAAAAGUUGUUUUAAGGAUGAAAACUGGAGCAAUGCCAGACUGUUGAAGAUGUUCCGGAUAGCCCAACUUCAAUUAUUAUAUAUUCUGCAAAGUCAGAACGAACUGGUGAAGAAGCUGACGUUAGAAAAGGAAAAGUACAAGAAGGUGUACAAGGAGAACGACUUCUUCAAGAAGAGCUUUACCGAAAAUCAACAGGAAAGUGGUCGAGACUUGUUUAGGGUAAGAUAUUACUUAAGUAUAAGCUUUAUCUGUCAGCUUGUCUACUACAGUCAUCAUUUUAUACUAUAAUAAUAAUAUAAAAGAUCCUGACUCCAUAAAUGACCUUAUAAUGAUAUUUUUGAUAAAACGUGAUUUUAGUGUCAAGAAUGUUCCAAGAUAUUCCUGCACUCAUCGUUCCUCAUCGAUCACAUUCACCGUAAACAUGGCUCUCACUACGAUGAUCACCAUCACAGUCCGUACGGUAACGGGCACCUAUCGUUACCUCAUUCUCCCAAACAGAUAUCUUCUGCUUCCUCAAAUACCUCGGUUUGGCGAUAA